UAAAGAUGGAAUAGAUGAACCUGAACCAGUUCAUUUUGUGUUUUUUUGUAAGUUUUCAAAUGAAUAAUAUAUAUAACAAUCUAUCAAUUUAAAAGUUACAAAGAAAAAUCUUUCCCCCAUUACUACCACUGUAUACUAUUAUGUCUAUCACUAUACAUGCAUACAUACAACUGGGUAUAAAAUUAUACAGUAUAAACAAGAUAUCUUUUUAUUUAUCUUUUAAGAAAAUAUCUUUCUAUUUUAAAUAUUUUUUAAUGACUGAGAUAUUUUAACAUGUGGUUAAUGUUUGUAGUGUUCGAGCUGUAUUGGAGGGAACAAUGGGAAAAUCUUCAAUGUGUUCUACUUUCAAGACGAAAUGUUGUGAACCAGAUGCCCCACAUCCUCCCAAACUUGUUUCAAGGACCAAAAACAGUAUCAUUUUAAAGUGGAAUGCUUCUUCAGAUAAUGGUGCAAAGAUCGUUAAUUAUAUUUUAGAAUAUGAUGAGGGAAAGGGAAAUUCUGAAUUCAUUGAAAUAUUCAAUGGUUUGCAGAAGAACUAUAAAGUAACAAAGCUGAAAGUGUCAACAUGUUACAGAUUUAGGCUAGCUGCAGUUAAUGAAAUUGGAAAAAGUGAUUAUAGCGAAAUUAUUUGUUUUUCUACGAGUGGUAGUGCUCCAAGUCAGCCUUCACCACCUGUAUUAAAAGAUGCAUUUAUCGAUCGGCUUUCGCUAGAGUGGGAGAAAAGGCCAUUUGAUGAAGAAUUUACUCUUCAAGUUGAAGAUGAAACUGCUGAAGUUGGUUUCCUUCCUGUAUGUAAUACUGCAGAAAAUGCAUUUGUGUGUACAAAUUUAAAGAAGAACAGCAAAUAUAAAUUUAGACUAUGUGCUACUAAUGAAGAUGGUAGUAGUCCAUGGAGCAAAACUGUUACAUAUUGUACUAUACCAGACAGACCAUGUAGACCUACACAUCUUCAAACAAAAGGUCAUAUUGGCCAUAGUUCUUUUCAUGUAGUUUGGGAUCCACCUAUGGAUGAUGGUGGUUCACCCAUUACUGCAUAUGUGCUAGAAGUAGAUGCUGGAAAAGGUUUUGAAAAAAGAUUUAAUGGGUUGCAGACAGAAUAUGUUCUUGAGAAUCUUCAACCUGGUACCACAUACUCUUUAAGGGUUGCCUGCCAAAAUGCAAGAGGACAAAGUGAAUAUUCUGACUCAAAGAAUAUUACAACAGCCAUAACUUAUCCAGACAAGUGUCAAAAUCUUAAAGUACAUGGUAAAGCGAAAACCCAUUAUUGUCAAUUAGAAUGGGCACCACCAAAUUUUAAUGGUGGUUCUCCUGUCUCUCAAUAUGAAGUUCAGAUGUUAACUUCAGAUGGUUCCAGCAAACAAGUUUAUGUUGGAUUUGACUCGAUGUGUACCAUAGCUGGUCUAUUGCCAAAUACUAUAUAUAUGUUUAAAGUACGAGCCUUUAAUAAAACAGGACCUGGGCAAUGGACGAGUAUGCUAGAAGUGUUGAGUGGAGCUGGUCCUCCAGAUUCGCCAAAGAUUUCAUUGGAGUGCCAUUCUUCUUCAACUGCCAAGUUAUCAUGGGAUGAACCAAAUAAUAAUGGAGCUCCAUUAAUUGAAUAUAAUUUAGAGUUUAGUCAAGACAAAGAGAAUUUUACAAAGCCUGGGCAAUGGACGAGUAUGCUAGAAGUGUUGAGUGGAGCUGGUCCUCCAGAUUCGCCAAAGAUUUCAUUGGAGUGCCAUUCUUCUUCAACUGCCAAGUUAUCAUGGGAUGAACCAAAUAAUAAUGGAGCUCCAUUAAUUGAAUAUAAUUUAGAGUUUAGUCAAGACAAAGAGAAUUUUACAAAGAUAAAUGUAGGUCUUAAAAAUUGCUAUGAAGUUAUUGAACUUUCUCCUGCCAAACUGUAUUUUUUUAGGAUACAGGCAGUCAAUUCUGCUGGUGCUGGAGCAUUCAGCGAAGUAAUAUCCUGUCUGACAUCAGCAUCUCCACCAUCCGCCAUAUUAUCUUCGUCCCUUGAAACAACUUGUACUGCCACAACAAUGACUUUAAAAUGGCAAGAACCAAGUUGUAAUGGUUCAGAUAUUUUGCUAUAUAAUAUUGAAGUAGGUGAUCUUUUAUAUGCUACGGAAGGAAAUAUCACUGAAAUUUUAAUUGAAGAUUUAUCACCUGAAACAACUUAUAGGAUAAGGAUACAAGCUGUUAACAGUAUAGGUCCUGGUCCAUAUAGUUCUGCUGUGAAAACAAAUACUCUCUGUUUGCCUCCUUCACCACCAAAAUUGACUUGUGUGGCUGCAUAUCAUAAUAGUAUAAGGCUGAAAUGGGGUGAAGGACGAAAUACGGAUCUAAUUCACUAUAUUCUAGAAUUAGAAAAUAAAGCAGGAAGUUUUAUUCCAGUAUAUCAAGGCACCAAUUAUGUCUACAAGGUCAGUAAACUACAAGAAUCUACGCUGUAUAAUUUUCGUAUAUGUGCAGCAAAUAUUGCUGGAACAGGAGAACGUUCAAAAGUGUAUUCUUUUUGUACAACAAAAUCUCCUCCUCCUACAAUUAAAGCACCAAGAAUCUCAGCUAUUACUCAGACAUCUUGCAAAGCAGAAUGGCAGAUGGCUAAGCCAAUAGGAAAUGAUUCAAUAACAUAUCAACUUCAAUUGUUUGAGAAUCAAGACUCAGAAUUUAAAACUUUAUAUCAAGGUAUUGAAACGUCUUUUUAUAUAGAAAAUCUUUCUCCGAACACAACCUAUGAUAUCAGAGUCGGAGCCAUAAGACAUUGUAAAGACAGUGGGGAAAAUAUUCCGGGUGCUUUUAGUUCUAGUACAAGUUUUACGACCUUGAAUCAGGAUAUUACAUCAAGGACCAAUUUUCAAAAAGAAGAACAAUCUACGGGAUUGCUAAAGGAAAAAUUGUUUUUUACGGAUCAACAAUGUGCAUUUAUUAUUCUUAGUUGUUUUACGUUAUUCGGAAUCGUCGUCGCAGUCGUAAUCCAAACCUUUUUGUCACGCAGUAUUAGGUAAUCACUUAUAUAUAAUUUUUCGAUAAUUAUAUUUCUUAUAUUAUUACGAAAAGGAUAUACAGCUUUUUUGCUAUAUCCAGGGAUAAGCCAACAAAAUAUCCUGUCGGAGUUUGCAAAAUAUCAAUGUGAGAAUCGACAAAUAUCAAAGUAUUAGUGACAUCGUUUGCAAAUGUUUUUAUAUGGGUAUGUUUGUUGUUUGAAAAGAUGCAACGAACAGAUUGAUCUUACAUGCAGAUAUGUCAUAUCGGGACAGCUAAUUGAUGCAUAUUAAACAAUCAUUUUUAAAUUUAUUAAAAUAUUUAAUGAAUACAUUUCUUUUAUAUUUUACAUCUUCUAGCAAUCUUUUAGUUCCGCUAGCUUAAGAAAAAUCAAAACCACUUUAAUUAAAUUUUGGCAUGUCCCUGGAAGUUUACAAACAAAUCAACAUUUAAGUGCAAUAUUAUGCUAGGCAACUGAAUUAUAUAUUAUUCAUAAAAAAGCCAGUUUUUUUAUACUGCCUAUAUGCAGUCCAAGUAAAUAUUGCUUAUGCAAUUUAAAAAAAAAUGGUAGUUUUAUAUUUUUUUAUUUACUAUAUUUGAUUUAAGCACAAAAAUUGAGGGAGUUAUCAGUAACUGAAAAAAUAACAACACUAAUAAAAUCAAAAAAAAAAAAAAUACAAAAAAAAAAUUAUAUCCAGAGUCUUAUAUUGUAUUAUAAUGUAUUUUAAAACUUUUCCAGUGAUGAAAUAUUGUGAUUAUUAUAUCUAUAUAAAAAGUUACAAUAUUUAAUAUAAACUAAAUCCAAAUAAAAUUUGAUCAAAAAGAAAAAUGAAGUUACAAAUUGAGACCCUAUAAUACUUCUUUCGAGUCGAACUGCAGGGAUUCAGGAUUUUCACCAAGAAUAUUAAAUAGUGCUCGGGUUCAAAUUAUUGUCUGGAAGAAAAAACUUUUUGCAUUUGUUUCUCUGGAAAAAUUCCAAUUAACUCUCUCGCAUAACUAUCAGUAUUUCCUAUUUUAAUACAAACAUCUUUUUACGAGUCGACACGAACUGUAUCGGAUUGUAAUCGGCUAUUAUCCAUAUAUCAUGUAUAAGCAAAUAACUUAGUGUAUUCUUAUAAAUAUUAUUUUUAUACAUAAUUCCAAGGAUUUUGAUUUGUUUUAUAUAAUAUUUGCUAUGUGAAAUGGUGACUGGUAUAUAUUUAGUAGCUUUAUUUUUUUUGUUUGUUUUUUUUUACAUUUUUUCUCCCCUGGCAUUUAAUAUAAAGGAAAAAAAAACAUUAUUAUUCGUGAUUUCCAAAUUAAAAUAUUUUGUAAAAUUUAUGUAUUUAAUUAAAGCAGCAUGCAUUGUGACGUUGUUAAGGCUUCUGACAGAUUAAAUGUUCCUGGGUGUUGAGUGUAUUAUACACAAAGUGUUUAACUUGAAGUGAUAUGUAUGAAACUCAAAUUCUUAAAUACCAAGUGUUGUAUCAUGAAAUAAAAAUGCUGUUAUAAUUGUAAA